GCAGACCUGGUCAGCCAGCGUUGCGGCAUUCGUGAAAGGUUCCACUGAAGCUUUCCAGGGCUACAUGCUGAGCGACUGCAUAGGCGGUGCCGAUAUGGGUCGGUCCUACAUCCACCCAAGCCGGCACCUGAAUGUUCAUUUCAAGUAUUGGCGUGGCUGGCCCGAUAAGUUGGUGGGCCACUGGGGCCACCCGCCAUUCUUCAACGCCACGCCGUGCCAGCCACCCGCCUGCGCAGGCCGGGGGUGCCGCCGCGCCCCUGGCGAGUGCAGCUUCAAGUCGGACUAUGCCCUGCCGCUGCCCGAAGCCCUGCGCGAGGUGGUGGCCAAGCUGAAGCCUGCAGCGGUAAUCAUCAACUCUGGGGCGUGGCGAACAGUGGAGACGGCCGAACGGGCGAUCUUCGACCGCAGGUCGCCGCCCGGGUUCAGCGGCGCGGUGGUGGAGGCAGCGGUGGCGGCGGUGGCGGCACAGCGAGGGAUGGCCCUGUGGCGCACCACCACGCCCUCAACCAACAUCACAAUCGGCGCCUCCUGGGAUGCCCAGUUCCUGGAUGCAGCGGCUGACCAGGACCAGCUGCGCGUGCUGGAUGCCUGGCGCCUGCUGCGCCCGGCGAUGGCCUUCCAGCCGCCACCGCUGUAUGAUCACCGCCACUUCUGGCCAGAGGUGUACACGGAGCUCCAUCAAGUGCUUCUCAACAUGCUGUGCUGAACUCCUGGGGACGAAGAAUGUCACCAACAGCAUGCGCUUCAAGCUAUGUUGCUACCACCUCCUCUGCUUCACCAUCAUUGCUGCUUUCCAUUGCUUAAAGAAAUUUGUCUUGUUGCUGCUGCUGUUAGGUUUUGCUGUUGCGUUUGAUUAUUUCAUUUUUUCCGAAAGGUGCUGAUUCAUGAAUAUUGUCUGAAUAUUUCAAUGAUAUGCGUUCACAUGCAUUCAGAAUCAGAGUGGAACGUGGCAGACCUGAUAAAAUUGCCGUUGCAGGCGGGGCAGGGGAAAGGGCGGCCAUGCACAAAGGGGCCUUCAAGUACCGAUAUGUUGGUGACAUUGCAUUGUUUUCAUCGCCUCCUGUGAGUGAAGUGAGUAGUUGAGUUGUGGUGGGCAGAGAAUGGAGUGGGCAGAGGAAAAAGGAGCAAACAAAUUGUGGUGGGCAGAGAAAGGACACAUUGAGACAUUUGCAUUCCAGCGUCAGAUUCAAGCCAAAGCCAUUGGCUACAUGAAAGAAUUAUAUAGUUAUACUGGUGAAUCAUACAGCGCUUCAUUACCGUGGAAAGUAACGAAAUGCCUGGCAGCGCUCAAAGGCAGGCGUGAGCGACUGGUCAUUGAUGGAGUCGAGCAGCAUGGGGUUCUGUGCCACAACGCGCUCCAGCAAGCCGCACCGCAUUUUCCUCCACUCUGGGGUCGGGCCGGUCUGGACAGGGAUGGGCGGCGGCGCGCUAUAGUCGAACGAUUGAAGGAAUGCCUUUGCUUUGCCGCGCUGCUCCCAGAUAUCGGCAGUGUGGAAAAGCGGGUGGAAGCCGUCGAAGCGGCCAGUGACGCCUUCUGGGUGCUUGACCAGAAUCACUGGGACACCCAUUGCUGCCGCUGGGACGCCGCAGUGCAGCCGUGUAGUGAUGAUGACCCUAGCCUCAGCAUAUAUCCGGAGAUACUCAAAUGUGAGCUCGACUCUGAACAUGCCGUUGCUUGUUUGCUUGCCAAAGACUUUGGGAUUCAGCCUGCACUCGUUCCUGUUGACGGCCGGCGGCAGCAGGGGCAGCAGCUCGUCCGGGACGUCCACCAACAGGACGAGGCACUUGGGCUCGGCUCCCGGACGCGCCACGCUCUCCGGCGUGGCUGUCAUGCGAU